AUGAAACGCUAUUUAAUUAAUGUAUGUAACAGACAAAAGUCUAAUGUUGCACAUUAUAACGGUAAUACCAAUGAAUAUAAACAAUAUUCAAAGAAAGUUAUUCAGUAUGGAAAAUGUGAUUCUCUUCUAACCUCAACGGAGAAUACUAUUGUAUGUUGUGAAAAACAUGAAGAAAGUAUCAAUGAAAUUUAUACUCAUGAAACUCGCACUGUUGCACUUAAAGAAAUUGAUAUAGAUGAAAAGUGUGAUUUAACUAAUAUACCUAUAAAUUUUGAAAAUAGUCUUUAUGUACCAAUGAUUAAUACAAACAAUAAUACUUCAAUAAAAUAUAAAAAUGCAGAAAUUUUGAAGAAUGAAAUUAUACAGAAAGAAGUACACGAUGAAAAAUGUAAUGAAACUGACAUAAGAAUUAAUGAAAUCAAUAUGCAAAUGCUCUCAAAAUCAUUACACAAACAAAUAUUUAAAGAUUAUUACAAAAGCUGUAGACAGGAUAAAAUAUCAGAGAAAGAUAUACAGUCAAUAAAGAACAAUUUAAGUUUGUAUGGGAUAAAAACUGAAGAUGCUAGUAGACUACCGGAAGUUAAUAUUAAAUUACCUCCUUUAGAAGGAGAUGAUAUCGAACAACAUUUUUAUAAUAUAGGAAAUGCUCAAAUUAAACCUUAUAUAAAACUUAUAAAAAAUAUUAUGAAGGAUAUUCCUCAAAUGCCAAAUAAGUGGAUGUUUAAUGAAGGGUGGACAAGAUAUGCUACUGAUGGAAUACAAAGGGUAGAUUACCCAUUAGAAGAUGCUAUUAUUUUUGAUGUAGAAGUUUGUAUGAAAGAAGGUCCUUUACCAACACUUGCAACUGCAGUAACUAACAAAGCAUGGUAUGGUUGGGUAUCAAAGUCUUUAACAAAUGGCUUAAAUAGAACUUUUGAAGGUAAACAGUUUGGUAUGGAUGAAUUAAUACCAUUAGAAAGUAUAGCUACUGAACAUGGAGAAAAAUUAACUUCUUUUCAUAAAAAACCAAAAAUUCUAGUCAGUCAUAAUGUAUCAUUUGACAGAAGUAAAAUUAAAGAGCAAUAUUGGUUGAAACGUACAGGUCUAAGAUUUAUUGACACAAUGUCACUUCAUAUAUCUAUUGGUGGAAUUAAUAGUUAUCAAAGGACAAUUUUAAACUCUAAGAAAGAUACAGAGGAAAAGUUAAAUUUACAGAUGGAAACCUCACUGAAUAGUUUAGAAGAAAUUCACAAAUUUUAUUGUGGUUCUAAAAUAAAUAAAAGUAUCAAGGAUGUGUUUAUAAAUGGAUCUUUAGCAGAAAUUAAAGAAGAUUUCAAUUCUUUGAUGAGUUAUUGUGCAAAUGAUGUGAUUGCAACUCAUAAUAUUUUAUGCCAUUUAUUUCCCAUUUUUGAGGAAAGAUUCCCUCAUCCUGUUACUUUAGCAGGGAUGCUAGAACUUGGUACUGCAUAUCUGCCUAUGAAUUCUAAUUGGCAAAAAUAUAUAAAUGAAUCAGAAACUUGCUUCGAAGACUUAAAUUAUGAAACUAAAACUAUUCUUGCUAAAAGAGCUAAUGCUGUUUGCGAACUCAUGCAUAAUGAAAAAUAUAAGGAAGAUAUAUGGAUGUGGGAUGAAGAUUGGAGUACACAAAUGCUUAAAGUGAAAGCACAAUACUCAAAAAGAAACGCCAAGAAAGAAUAUCAAGCACAAAAUGUAGAAGAAAAAGAGAAAGAAACUCAAAGUUAUUUAACAGAUGAUGAAGAUGAAGAAGAUCCAUUAGAAAAAGAAUUUGCUUAUUUAACAGAGACACGAAAGUUUUUACCUUCAAGACUACCACAUAUGCCCGGAUAUCCUGCUUGGUACAGAAAACUUUGUCCUAAAAUGAACGACGAAGAUUGGUCACCAGGUCCUCAAGAUCUAAGCAUUUCUAAGCAAAUUGUUCCAAAACUUCUAAAUCUGACAUGGGAGUGUUAUCCUUUACAUUAUAUAAAAAACAAAGGUUGGGGUAUUUUAGUACCUUACACUAAUGAUACAAGUAUUAAAACUAAAAUACCUUUAAAACAGCUUUUAGCUCAGUGCUCUUUAUUUAAAGCAGAGUAUUCAUUUAAUGAAAAAAAUUAUACAAUGUCAACCAUUGAUACAGAAGUAGAAAAUGAGUUACAUAAAACUGAGUUUUGGCGUAACAAGAAGAAGAAGCCUAAUGUUCAUUUAAGUGGCAUUUAUCAAGGCAGUGCACACUGGUGCAAUGUAGAUAUAGAUAACUGCUGUUAUUUUCUUAAAUUGCCACACAAAGAUGGAAAGAGUUAUAAUGUUGGCAAUCCAAUGAGUAAAUACUUCCUAAAUAAGUUUUCAGAUGAUAUAUUGGCCAGUUCAGAUGCCAGUGCUGUAGAAAUAUUGAAAAUUGCUAAAAUGAUCUCAUAUUGGAGAAAUAAUAGAGAUAGAAUUAUGUCACAGUUUGCAGUAUGGUUUGAUAAUUCAUAUUUACCACGUUUCAUCACAAAUUCCAAAAAGUCAAUGCAUUUUGGGGCAAUUUUACCGAUGGUAGUCGUUUGUGGUACAUUAACUAGGCGAGCAGUAGAACCUACGUGGAUGACUGCAUCUAAUGUCGAUUCCGAACGCAUUGGUUCUGAAUUACGAUCAAUGAUUCAAGCACCACCAGGGUAUAAUAUCGUCGGUGCUGACGUUGACAGUCAGGAAUUAUGGAUUUCAUCGAUGAUAGGAGAUGCUUAUUACAAAAAAAUUCAUGGGGCUACACCGUUUGGUUGGAUGACACUGAUCGGUACUAAAUCCAACGAGACUGACAUGCAUAGCGUUACUGCUAAAGCAAUUGGAAUCUCUAGGCACCAGGCCAAAGUUAUUAAUUACGCUAGAAUUUAUGGUGCUGGUCAAAAGUUCGCUGAAACGCUUUUGAAACAAUUCAAUCCGUGUAUGACGGAUAACGAAGCUGCAACAAAGUCUCGAAAAAUGUUUACCAUGACAAAAGGGAAAAAGGUUUAUAGGUUGAAACCUGAACAUAUUUUUGAAUUUAACGACAAGGAUUAUUCGUCGUACGAGGCAUACAGAUUAUCAAAAUUACACGGCAAAGAUGUAUCGGAGAUGUUUGAACCAAGUAAAUGGGUCGGAGGUUCGGAAUCCGCGAUGUUUAAUAGAUUAGAGGAAAUCGCACGGGAUUCACAUCCUGUUACACCUUUCUUGAACUCCAGGUUAACUUUAGCUUUAGAAAAUCAAACGAAUAACGAGCAAUAUUUGCCUACGAAAAUAAAUUGGGUAGUUCAGAGUGGAGCGGUCGACUUUUUACAUUUAAUGUUAGUCUCGAUGAAAUGGCUUAUGAAGGACAACGUAAGAUUCUGUCUAUCGUUCCACGAUGAAUUACGAUACUUGGUACCUUCGCGAUAUAAGUACAAUGCAGCGCUUGCCAUGCACAUUACUAACUUGUUAACUCGUUGUUUUUGCGCCUCGAAACUUGGAAUGAACGAUCUUCCGAUGUCGGUAGCAUUUUUUAGUUCCGUAGAAGUAGACACCGUUUUGCGAAAAGAACCGGAUAACGAUUGUAUCACGCCAUCGAAUCCUCAUGGCUUAAAAAAUGGGUACGAAAUUCCUCCUGGAGAAAGCUUAGACAUAUGGUCCGCCAUAAGUAAAUCUGGUGGUUCCUUGGGUCCUUACCAUAGUAGCAUUUUCCAUGGAAAGAUAUUUAGCCAUUUGUCACCCGCUACGGGUUUACACGAUAAGUGGUCUCAAAAGACCAAUUCGUUUCAUCCUGGCUGCCUGGUCGAUUGCGCUGAUUUCCGCCAUACCAUUUGCAAUCUACACGAAAGUCAAUUUAGUCGAGUAUCCGCCAGGUUCCGGCAAUUAUUCGGCUGAUUCCGCGAUUUGCGCCAUGCUGCUGCCAUAUAUGCCCGAUUUCCCUCUGUACGAGUUGAGCAGUAUC